GAAGAAGACGAUAGUGGUGAUCAACUAUCUAAUUUUCAAUUUCAUUUCCAAAUGUCUCACUAUUUAAAAAAUAUCGUUUAAAAAAUCAUUAAUGCUUACACUUUGAAAUAAUUUUAUCACAAUUUAUAUCAUUUUAAUUUUUCAAUCGAGUUUUAAACUAACUUUUGUAUUUCAUCCUCAUCCGCCUCUUAUCUUCUUUCUCCCUCGCUCCCAAGUCUCAACACGCGCACGUCGAUGGCAGUAUCUCGGAGCAUGUCGCCGGCAAUUUCCAGUCCAACUACCCCUUUUUACCACCCAUCUUCAUCUCUCUCAAUUUUUCCAAAAACCCAUCGUCCUUCCCAUUUGUUUCGAACCAUAACCUUUUCAACCACUUCCAAUUUCCCCCGUAAUUCCAAAACUUCAACUUCAGUUUCAGGAAUCUGGGACGCCAUUACAGGAGGAGCCGGUUCAUCCCGUGAAGCCCUAAUCGCAAUUCGACGAGGAAUGGUUCUCUUUCGUCAGGGUGAUGUAGCGGGGUCUGUAGCAGAGUUUGAUAAUGCAAUUCAACUUGAUCCUCGUCAAAAGGCAUAUCUUUGGCAAAGAGGGCUCUCACUGUAUUACCUUGAUAGAUUUGAAGAAGGGGCAGAGCAAUUCCGAAUAGAUGUAGCACAAAAUCCAAACGACACUGAGGAGUCAAUUUGGUGUUUUCUUUGUGAAGCUCAACUAUAUGGAGCGACUGAAGCAAGAAAACGAUUUCUUGAGGUUGGAAGAGAUCCUAGACCUGUAAUGAGAGAAGCAUAUAACAUGUUCAAAGAUGGUGGUGACCCUGAAAAGCUUGUAGAUGUUUUUUCUAAAGGACGAGCGAGUGAGUAUUUUUAUGCUUCCCUAUACGCCGGCCUUUAUUAUGAAUCUCAGAAUGAAGCUGACAAAGCCAAAGUUCACUUGGUUGCUUCAUGUAAAUCACCUUAUGGAGAAAGGUUGGAUGAUUAUAUGGCAUCCUUGGCGAAAGUUCAUUGUCAGUGUCGAAAGUGGGAGUUGUAGUUGAAUUCCAUAUAGCUCGAUCCACCUUUUGUAAAUUGAAUUUGACUCUUCGAGAAAUCCAUUUUAUAGAUACAUGAAAUUAUAUGUUAGAAACGUAAAAAGAUUUUAUGUAAUAUAAAAGGUGUAAAUAACCUUAAAGAUUUUGUUAAUCUUUAUUUUGGAGUAGCUACAGAAGAUGAUGAACAAUUAUUGUGAAAAAAAACACAAAUCGCCGAAAUGUCAUCAAUUGCGAUCCCUCUUCUUUUGCGUUUCCAUUCACGGACUGCACGAUCCACUAGACGUUUAGCCGAUUUGGCCUUGUCUGCUGUCGAUGACACAAUCUCGACUGCUUCUUCAUUUGAAACAACAUCCCACAC